AUGCAGAUCAAGAACCUCGCCAUCGCUGCUUCCGUCAGUGCUGUUGCCUCGGCCGCCGCCCCUUCCACCCAGUCUAAGACAUUCGGUAUUGUGGCUAUUCACUCUGGCAGCGGUGUCCAAUACUCUGCGUUCAACGCUGCUAAGAGCAGUAUCUUCGCUGGUCUGCCUAGCCAGGGUGCCAGUUGCGCUCGUCCUGAGGAGCAGCAGGCUACCUUCUACAUCAAUGACGGUGCUCUGUACCUCUACGACCAGUCCGCCACUCCCCAGGAGAUUUACGUUGAUCGCUCCGGCAUGGGCCAGGGCAAGAUUGGAUACACCACUGGUGCUCAGCCCACUCCCAAGAACUCCGAGCGCAAGGGCUGGGCCCAGAAGGAUGGCCACCUCCAGUUCGACGGACACGAUCUGAUUGCCUGCCCCAACAGCAUUGACGGUGCCUGGAGCAUCUGGGCUUCUGCUGGCGUUGCCAACCCUGCUGGCAACACCGACUGUGUGGGCGUUGCCGCUCGUGUCGUGGAGACCUCGAACCCCAAUGGCUGCAGCUACACCCAGUAG